AUGACGAUAAAGCACGAAAUGGCUGAUGUGGUGAAUGUAAACGAUGAUGAUGAAGCACGUCGAAAUGAAAUGAGAGCAAUGAUUGUAGAAGAAGUAGAGAAAGUGAUUGAAGCUAGUAAUUCCCGACUAGCUCAAGAGGUGGAAGGUCAAGUAUUGGGAGUAGUCGAUACUCUAGUAACGACCAAAGUAGAAGAACUAAAGGAAAUGAUUAGUGAACUACAAACAAAGAAAAGUACUCGAAGGUGCACGUACAAGGAAUUCAUGGCAUGUAACCCCUUGCCGUAUAAAGGGGAAAUUGACCCGAUAGCUUAUCAAAGAUGGAUUUCAAGCACCGAGGCAGUGUUUGUAAGAAGUAGAUGUGAAGUGGAGGAUCAAGAAUUGGGGGAUGACAAAGUACAAACGUUAACAUGGCAAGAGUUCAAGGAGCCAUUUCUGAAAUAUCAUAGCCCACAAUCCGCACUUGAUAAGAUUAAAGAAGACUUCUUACGUCUUCGACUAAAGGAUGAAACGAUUGAUGAAAUAACGAAUAAGUUCCUCGAGAAGGUGAAAUUUUGUGGGGAGAUAGCGGGGACUGAAAGGUUGAAAAUCAUACGUUAUCAUGCUAUGUUAAAAGCUGAAUAUCGGGAGUUUGUAAAUCCCUCUAAGUGUGCAACAUUGAAUGAAUUAAUCGACUGGGUAAGAGAUAGGGAGAUUGAGAUAAAAAGGCAGGUUGAACGGGGAGAGAAAAGGGUGGCGGAGAAGCCUACCAACACAAACCCAUCGAAAAAGGCAAGAUAUCAAGACCAAAACCGGAAAGGGAAAACAAGUUGUGGAAUUCCGACUUGCAAGACAUGUGGGAAGCAUCAUUCGGGUGAAUGUUUGUCGGGAAAGAAAGGAUGCUACAAAUGUGGGCAAGAGGGACAUCCGUAUUAUAGGUGCCCCGAAAAUCCAAAAGCGUGUUAUAAUUGUAAUCAGACGGGGCACAUUAAAGAGGAAAGUCCGAAACUACAACAAGGGGCAAAGAAAGAUGGAAAGAAGGAUGAGUCUUCCAAGGCUCGCGGGAGGAUGUUUCAGUUAACCUCGGAUGAAGCCAAGGCUAGCCCGGAUGUGGUCUCAGGUAUAUUCUUGGUUAAUUUUAUUCAUAUGAAUAUAUUAUUUGAUUCCGGGGCUAGUAGAUCAUUUAUUUCUAAUGAAUUAUUAGUACAUCCAUCGUUUAAGCUUGAAAAGAUGUUAGUACCCUUAGAAGUGGAAGUUGCUGAUAGUAAAACCUAUUUGUUACAUGAUAUUUGUAGAAACUGUAAGAUCUUAAUCGAAGAUGAGGAAUUUAGUAUAGAUCUUGUCCCGGUGUACAUGGGGGAAUUUAAAGUAGUUGUAGGAAUGGAUUGGCUAGCCUAA